AUGGAACGAAAGCAGUGGCUUAUAGUCUCUCUAGUUUUACUCAUUUCGUGCGCUUAUUUUGGUUCGGCAGACAAUUGUUUUCCAUCGUUAGUGGGAGUGUUUUGGUUUUGGAUCCCACAGGUUUCCGCCGAGUGCCAAACACGCUCAAUCUACUGCUACGAAUGUGAUAGCUGGACGGAUGCUCGAUGCAAGGACCCCUUCAAUUACACCGCGCUGCCCCGAGAUCAACCGCCCCUAAUGACCUGCAAUGGGUGUUGCGUCAAAAUGGUGCGCCACUCGAGAACACCGUACGAGGUCGUGAGGCGAAUGUGCACGUCACAGUUACAGAUUAAUCUGUUCAUGGUAGAUCAUGUGUGUAUGAUGGAAAGUUCUGGCAAUGGCCAUAUGUGUUUCUGUGAGGAAGAUAUGUGUAACUCCAGCCCAAGCUUGCUCACCGCGAACCACCGGUUCACUAUGCACGCGUGCGUCGGCAGUGCGCUCGCCGUUUAUUUGUUACAAGUAGUGCAGAGGGUCUUUCGGUAA